AACACUUUGCCGUUCGUGCCCAGUGGCUGGUACGUUUACGUCAUCGCUGCGCGCCGGAAAGGCGGUACCUUCCCGCUCCUUAAUCUGACGAAAUAGCGGCGUCAGCCUCAGCGGCUGAGGAGAGCAGAAGGAGGUGGUGGCGGCGGGAAGAUGCUGCUCUUUGGCGUAAAUUGCAAUCGAUUAGGGAUCGUUUCUCAGACUCAAGUUAGAAGUGAGAGUUCAGAUAAGUGAGGCCGCCAUUCCUGCUUUGAACACCUCAAGGGGAGAAUGGAUUUAUCAGGAGUGAAAAAGAAGAGCUUGCUAGGAGUCAAAGAAAAUAAUAAAAAGUCCAGCACUAGGGCUCCUUCUCCUACCAAACGCAAGGACCGCUCUGAUGAGAAGUCCAAAGAUCGCUCUAAAGACAAAGGGACCACCAAGGAGUCAAGCGAGAAGGACCGUGGCAGGGAUAAGACUCGGAAGAGGCGCAGUGCUUCCAGUGGAAGCAGUAGUACCAGGUCUCGGUCCAGUUCCACCUCCAGCUCAGGAUCCAGUACCAGCACAGGCUCAAGUAGUGGCUCCAGCUCUUCAUCUGCAUCCAGCCUGUGGGAGGCAGUGUGGAGUACUAAAUCCAGGACCUUGCACAAAUUAGGCUUACACUGGACCACUGUGUUACACCUACAGCCCAAAUCCAGUACACUUUGGCUUGACAGAAAUUGUUUGUUAUCUUUCAGAUCUAAGCCACCUAAAAGAGAUGAAAAGGAAAGGAAAAGGCGGAGCCCUUCCCCUAAACCUACCAAAGUGCAUAUUGGAAGACUCACCAGGAAUGUGACCAAGGAUCACAUCAUGGAGAUAUUUUCUACCUAUGGAAAAAUUAAAAUGAUUGACAUGCCUGUGGAAAGGAUGCAUCCUCAUCUAUCCAAAGGCUAUGCAUAUGUGGAGUUUGAGAAUCCAGAUGAAGCUGAGAAGGCGCUGAAGCACAUGGAUGGAGGACAAAUUGAUGGCCAGGAGAUUACUGCUACUGCUGUGUUGGCCCCCUGGCCUAGGCCACCCCCCAGGCGAUUCAGCCCUCCCAGGAGAAUGCUGCCGCCACCUCCCAUGUGGCGUAGGUCACCCCCACGGAUGAGGAGGAGGUCACGCUCUCCAAGACGCAGGUCCCCCAUGCGCAGGCGGUCCCGCUCUCCCGGCCGCCGCCGCCACAGAAGCCGCUCCAGUUCAAAUUCCUCCCGAUAAAAGGGCCACCGAAGCUCAUCUAUACCUUAUAUUCCACCCAGCCCAGUUGUGUCACUUUUCUAGCUGAAGGAGGGUCAGCAGGAAAGACCCCCUCACUUGGCAGGCUUCAAAAGCAGCAGUUGAGGCCUUUCCUCUGCAGUCAGAUUCUGACUGCAGAAGUGCUCAUGGUUCAGGGCUAUGUCCAUUGAGGGGCCCUGCAGUUUUCUGGCUAGAGAGCUCACCCAUUCCUGUUCCUAAGUCUGUUCAGUGGCAGAGCCAGCAGGGACCAGCAAGUUUCCAGGUGGCAGUGUGGCCCAGCUUUUUCACAGAUGACCUGAGCUAGUCUGGCAAACCUGGUUAGUGCCCUUGCUGAUGCUGUGCUAUGUCUGCAGGGGACCAAGCUGCCAUUCCUGUUAGGCCUGGCCUCCCCCACACACACUUGAAUUCUCUUCCAACCUCUAGGGUUGUCCCCCCACCUGUUAAUUGCUGUAAAUGGUUCUGUCUUUCCAUCUCCUCUCCACUCCCCUGCCCCACAUAUCCCUUACUCUCUCAAAUUGGUGAGCAAGUUGAGAGCCAGCUCUGCAAGGUCAUUACAGAGCCCCCUGUUCUGACUGCCAUUUGUGGUGGUCUUGCAGGAUACCUUGGCAACGUGUAUAUUGCUUUUUUUUCCUCAUUGUACAGUCAGUACUAUAAAAUUUGUUUUUGAGUUUUGUAACUUUGUAGCAUUUUAGAUAAGGUUGUGUUUGUACUUUGUUGUGUAGAGUGAUGAAAACGUAUUGAAUAAACCUAGGAUUAGAAUGCAGAUUGAA